AUGGGAUUCUUGAAGGAAGAGAAAUCGAAGAGAGUCCUGAGAGGAGUGAAGACAGUGUUCUUCAUAAUCGUAAUGAUCUUCUCCUUCCUCGUCUUCUCAGCUCCGGUACUCCUCGUAAUCGCCGAUACUCUCCUCCCAGCCUCCCUCCUCUCCGCCUCCCUAUCCCCUUCUUCCCUCUCCUUCAGCACUCUCGCCGCCGACCUGAGCAACUACGAUUUCCGCUACUCCCUUGUCGACAUCCCGCUCGUCUCCAUCCUUAGAUCCGCCGUCAUCUUCUGCGUUUACAGCUUCUGCGACGGGCCGAGGCUGUCUCGGGGGCCGUACUUGGGGAUCACGGCGAUUUGCUCCGUCUGCUCGCUGAUUUACGUCUCCGCGAAGGCGCCGUACGUUUUCAGCGCCUACCGGAUCGAUCGGGGCGGGUACGUCCGCGGGAUGGAGGCUGCUCUGUUCCUUUGCUCGCUCUUUCUGGCGAUUGGCCACGUCGUCGUGGCGUACCGAACGAGUUGCAGGGAGCGGAGGAAGCUUCUGGUCUACAAAAUCGACAUUGAAGCUAUCUCGGCUUGCCAGAAGGGGCUCCCAAGGUACCAGAAGAAGAUGCUUCAGGAAGAAAGGGUUGAUCCUAAGGAUGCCUCUGAUUUGGAGAUGAUUGAAGAAGAAGAAGAUGAAGAAACAAUCCUAACAGAGAUGGUAGAUAAGGUAUAA